ACACUUUUUCUGCGCUUCCUACCCUUUGGACUGGUUAUUGGCUGGUUCCUGUCUGUGGAAGACUUCGUGGUUCUCCCACCGUUUUGUCAUCCUUUAUUUUCAGCCAAUGCGCGACAUUGGCUCUGAUUAAGCGACGGCUCGUGACCCGGGGUGAUGGAGAGCGCCCCUGCAAGGGGUGGACUGAACCGAGCACACCUACAAUGUAGGAAUCUACAGGAGUUCUUAGGGGGCCUGAGCCCUGGGGUGCUGGACCGAUUGUAUGGGCACCCAGCCACUUGUCUGGCUGUCUUCAGGGAGCUUCCUUCUCUGGCAAAGAACUGGGUGAUGCGGAUGCUUUUUCUGGAGCAGCCUCUGCCGCAGGCUGCAGUAGCCCUGUGGGUGAAGAAAGAGUUCAGCAAGGCUCAGGAGGAGAGUACAGGGCUCCUUAGUGGCCUCCGCAUUUGGCAUACGCAGCUGCUCCCUGGUGGACUCCAGGGCCUCAUCCUCAACCCCAUCUUCCGCCAGAACCUCCGAAUUGCCCUUCUGGGUGGGGGCAAGGCCUGGUCUGAUGACACAAGUCAGCUGGGACCAGACAAGCACGCCCGGGAUGUCCCCUCACUCGACAAGUACGCUGAGGAGCGCUGGGAGGUGGUCUUGCACUUCAUGGUAGGCUCCCCCAGUGCAGCCGUCAGCCAGGACCUGGCCCAGCUUCUCAGCCAGGCUGGGCUUAUGAAAAGCGCUGAACCUGGAGAGCCGCCCUGCAUCACUUCUGCUGGCUUCCAGUUCCUGCUGCUGGACACGUCUGCCCAGCUCUGGUACUUCAUGCUGCAGUAUCUGCAGACAGCGCAGAGUCGGGGCAUGGACCUAGUGGAGAUUCUCUCCUUCCUCUUCCAGCUCAGUUUCUCUACUCUGGGCAAGGACUACUCCGUAGAGGGUAUGAGUGAUUCUUUGUUGAACUUCCUGCAACACCUGCGUGAGUUCGGACUCGUUUUCCAGAGGAAGAGGAAGUCCCGGCGUUACUACCCCACACGCCUAGCCAUCAACCUCUCGUCUGGCGUCUCUGGGGCUGGGGGCACUGUGCACCAGCCGGGCUUCAUUGUCGUGGAAACCAAUUACCGACUGUAUGCCUAUACCGGUGAGGCUGGAUGGAGGUGGAGGGGAGACGCAGGAGGGAUUCCAGUUAUGCCAUGUUUAUGGUUAGGAGCGCUCUGGUAUUUUGUCUAACACACGAGGGCAGGGCUAGAGGGAGGCAGGAGUGGGCACCUCCUCAUUCCUCUUCAUCCCUGGCCAGAGUCGGAGCUGCAGAUCGCUCUCAUCGCCCUCUUCUCUGAGAUGCUGUAUCGGUUCCCCAACAUGGUGGUGGCACAGGUGACCCGGGAGAGCGUGCAGCAGGCCAUUGCCAGUGGCAUCACAGCCCAGCAGAUAAUCCAUUUCCUAAGGACAAGGGCCCAUCCAGUGAUGCUCAAACAGACUCCUGUGCUGCCUCCCACCAUAACAGACCAGAUUCGGCUGUGGGAGCUGGAGAGGGACAGACUUCGUUUCACUGAAGGCGUCCUGUAUAACCAGUUCCUGUCGCAAGUGGACUUUGAGCUGCUGCUGGCCCACGCGCGGGAGCUGGGCGUGCUGGUGUUCGAGAACUCGGCCAAGCGGCUGAUGGUGGUGACCCCGUCCGGGCACAGCGACGUCAAGCGCUUUUGGAAGCGGCAGAAGCACAGCUCCUCGCACCUGACUUCUUCCCAAACUCUCCCCAUGCCUCAUUUACCUCUGGCCUUCUUCCGGCCACCGCUUUGGGUGCUGAGGCCCUCCUGGGGUCUCUCCAGGCCCCAGCCACUGUGCACACAGCCAGAGCUCCAAGGCUCGCCCCUCUCUCGGAGGAACCGAGAAGCCAAACAGAAGCGGCUGCGGGAGAAACAGGCGGCCCUGGAGGCUGGGCUAGCUGAGACUAGCAAGUCACCUGCAGUGCCCACCAAGGCCUGGAGCCACAAGGAGGUAGUACUGUAUGAAAUCCCCACCGAGCCAGGUGAAAAGAAAGAUGUUUCUGGGCCCCUGCCUCCUGCUUACAGUCCCCGAUAUGUUGAGGCGGCCUGGUACCAGUGGUGGGCGCGAGAGGGCUUCUUCAAGCCGGAGUAUCAGGCGCGGCUGCCCCACGCUACAGGGGAGACCUUUUCCAUGUGUAUCCCACCUCCCAACGUCACUGGCUCCCUGCACAUCGGUCACGCACUCACAGUAGCCAUACAGGACGCGCUUGUGCGCUGGCACCGGAUGCGUGGGGAUCGCGUGCUGUGGAUCCCUGGCUCAGAUCACGCAGGAAUUGCUACCCAGGCUGUGGUGGAGAAACACCUGUGGAAGGAGCAGGGCGUGAGGAGACACGAGCUGAGCCGGGAAGACUUCCUCCAGGCCGUGUGGCAGUGGAAACAUGAGAAAGGAGGGGAGAUUUAUGAGCAGCUGUGCGCUCUGGGUGCCUCUCUGGACUGGGACCGAGAGUGUUUCACCAUGGACGCUGGCUCCUCGGCAGCAGUGACAGAAGCAUUUGUGCGACUCUACAACUCGGGAUUGUUGUACCGGAGCCGUCAGCUUGUGAACUGGUCGUGCACUCUGAGAUCGGCCAUCUCAGACAUUGAGGUAGAGAGCCGGCCCCUGCCUGGCCGCACAGUGCUCCAGCUGCCCGGCUGCCCGACCCCUGUGUCUUUUGGGCUCCUUGCUUCUGUUGCCUUCCCAGUGGAUGGUGAGCCCGGUGUGGAGAUUGUGGUGGGAACCACGAGGCCCGAGACGCUGCCUGGAGACGUGGCUGUGGCCGUCCACCCCGACGACCCACGAUACACACAUUUACACGGGCGACAGCUCUGUCACCCUUUGACAGGACAGCUCCUCCCGCUCAUCACAGACACCACUGUUGAGCCACAUGUGGGCACAGGGGCAGUGAAGGUGACCCCGGCUCACAGUCCAGCGGAUGCCGAGAUGGGGGCCCGGCACGGCCUGACCCCACUGAGCGUCAUCGCAGAGGAUGGGACAAUGACGUCUCUGUGUGGAGACUGGCUGCAGGGUCUUCACCGAUUUGUGGCCCGGGAAAAGAUCAUGUGCGCACUGAGGGAGCAGGGGUUGCUCCGGGGCCUGCAGGAGCACCCCAUGGUGCUGCCCCUCUGCAGCCGUUCCGGGGACGUGGUAGAAUACCUGCUGAAGUGCCAGUGGUUUGUCCGCUGCCAGGAAAUGGGGGACCGAGCUGCCAAGGCUGUGGAGUCAGGGGCUCUGGAGCUCCGGCCUGCCUUCCACCAGAAGAACUGGCAGCACUGGUUUUCCCACAUCGGGGACUGGUGUGUCUCCCGGCAGCUGUGGUGGGGCCAUCGGAUCCCGGCCUACAAGGUGGUUGGAGAGAAGGCAGAGGAUGACGGGAAGGAAUGUUGGGUGGUCGGGCGGUCAGAGGCUGAGGCCAGAGCUGUAGCAGCAGAGCUGACCGGCAGACCAGGAGCAGAACUGACCCUGGAGAGGGACCCUGAUGUCCUGGACACUUGGUUCUCCUCGGCUCUUUUCCCCUUUUCUGCCCUGGGUUGGCCCCAAGAGACACCAGACCUCGCUCGUUUCUAUCCCCUUUCACUGUUGGAAACUGGCAGUGACCUCCUACUGUUCUGGGUGAGCCGCAUGGUCAUGCUGGGGACCCAGCUCACUGGGCAGCUCCCAUUCAGCAAGGUGCUUCUCCAUUCCAUGGUUCGGGACAGGCAAGGCCGGAAGAUGAGCAAGUCCCUGGGGAAUGUGCUAGACCCACGGGAUAUCAUUAGCGGGCAAGAGCUGCAGGUGCUACAGGCCAAGCUGAGAGAUGGCAAUUUGGACCCGAGAGAGCUGGCCAUUGCUGCAGCAGCACAGAAAAAGGACUUUCCUCAUGGGAUCCCUGAGUGUGGGACAGAUGCCCUGAGGUUUGCGUUGUGCUCUCAUGGAAUCCUGGGGGGCAACCUGCACCUGUCUGUCUCUGAGGUCCUGAACUACCGCCAUUUCUGCAACAAGCUCUGGAACGCCCUGCGCUUUAUCCUCCGAGCACUGGGGGAGAACUUUGUACCCCAGCCAGCAGAGAAGGUGUCGCCCUCCUCUGCCAUGGACGCCUGGAUUCUGAGCCGCCUGGCCUUUGCAGCCCACGAGUGUGAGAGGGGCUUCCUCAGCCGGGACCUGUCGCUCGUCACCCACACCCUGUAUCAUUUCUGGCUCCACAAUCUCUGUGAUGUCUACCUGGUGAGUGGUAGGGCAGGGCCUAGAGUUUCCAGAGUUCUGGGGUGCGUGCACCUGUUCCUCCUUCACUGCCUGGCCUCUGGAGUGCAGCCCAGUGCUGCUGCCUGUCACGGUUGCUUCAGCCACUCUAGCUGCUGCAUCCUGGGGGGACAGUGGCGCGGGUACAGCAGCAGCAGUGCUGACUCUGGGUUUUCUCACCAGGAGUCCUGGCGCCAGCCCCAGCUGGAACGCUCCUUCUCCAGGGUCCAAGAGGUUGUCCAGGCACUACGGGCCCUCCGAGCCACCUACCAGCUCACAAAAGCCCGACCCCAAGUGCUGCUCCAGAGCUCAGAUCCAGAAGAACAGGGCCUAUUCCAGCCCUUCCUGGAGCCCCUGAGCACCCUGAGCCACUGUGGGGCUGUAGGGUUCCUGCCCCCAGGGGCAGCAGCUCCCUCCAGCUGGGCCCUCACCCCACUGGAUGACACCAUUAAGAUCUACAUGGAGCUGCAGGGCCUGGUGGACCCCCAGAGCCAGCUACCUCGGCUCGCUGCCCGGAGGCAGAAGUUACAGAAACAGCUCGCUGACCUCUUGAGUCGGACUGCGUCAGAGGGGGUUGCAGAGAGGCAGCAGAGGCUUUCCUCCCUCCGCCUGGAGUUGUCAAAGCUGGACCAAGCAGCCUCCCACCUCCAGCAGCUGAUAGAAGAGACGCCCAGCGCCAGGGAGCUCUGAGCCCCACUCACACUGUGCCAGCCUUCCUUCCCAGACCUGUGGUGCAGGGCGUCCUCAGAAGUGACCCGUGUGCUUUGUCUUGUAAAGGAAGCAGACCUGAAGUCCCCGCGACGCAAGAAUGAGGAGAGGGAGAUAAAAUAAUGAA